GAAGAACCCUGUCCAAUUACCACAGGGAGAGUUGGUAUAAUUCGCAAUGCUGUGUGAGAUUUCUGACUUUUUGUAUCCGGUCGGGACUUUAAUUCAAUUAUAAAUGUGCCAAUCACAUAUGGUGUGGAAAACUUUUCCAUCCAGAUCCUGAUGUUGCAUAGAACGUUGCCAAGAACAUUGCCCAAGAGGAAUUUCUGAGUGUAUACAGGACAGAUAUACGAGAGAUAAUGACUAUGGGAUUGAAGUUGAAACAGCGCUUCGUUCUACUAGCAGUAGUUGUGAUCCUGGCGUUGGUGUUCCUGUAUAUCCUGGCCGGGCGAUCCAGCGCACACGGAAAUGACAAAACGUGGUUGAAAUGGAAAGAACAGAAAGACGAGCGCCUCGCGCUGUCCUCAAACUUACUACUGGACGGUCUGAUGCUGGACAAGAGUCAGUCUGGACGGGACCAUGUGCAGAAAGGGGGGUUGGCAGGGUUCGAGCCGAUUGAUUUCACUGCGGACCUGGGCGGAAGAACCCCCUGGAGUAUUGCUGCCAGUUGGGUCAGCUCUAGACACAUCUACCCAGAAGAUGCUGAGGAGUUGGGAGGUAUCCUGCGGAUGAUGGCCACAGCAGAGAUCACCCAUGCUGAUGUAGGCUACAAGGGCACUCAGCUGAAGGCACUCUUAGUCCUUAAUGGGCAUCAAAAAGCUGUCUUCAAACCAAAGAGAUAUCCAAGAGAACACAUCAUAGAAGGGAAGCCAUACGAUGGGUAUGACAGACAUAAUGCAGAAAUAGCAGCCUUGCAUUUAGACAGAUUACUGGGGUUCAGAAGAGCCCCCUUGGUGGUAGGGAGAAAAGUGGACCUGCGGACAGAGAUCAUGCCUGUUGGGUCUGAGAGGCUGAUGUCAACCUUCCUAACACAGGGAAAUGACACCUGUUUCUACGGGAAGUGUUACUACUGUAAGGAGACAGAGCCAGCCUGUGCUGACGGAGAGGUCAUGGAGGGGUCAGUGACCUUGUGGUUGCCUAGCAACUGGUCGCUGAAGGGUCGUCAGAGACACCCCUGGGGGAGAACCUAUAGGAAUGACAAACAAGCCAGAUGGGAGUAUGACGACACCUACUGUAACUCAGUCAAACAGUCCGCGCCCUACAACUCUGGGCCCAGACUGCUGGAUAUCCUGGAUGCCGCCAUCUUUGACUACCUGAUUGGUAACGCUGACAGACAUCACUAUGAGACGUUUGAAAAGGAUGGGGACAAGGGCAUGUUACUCCUGUUAGACAAUGCCAAAAGCUUUGGAAACCCCAAUCAUGAUGAAAGAACCAUCCUGGCACCCAUCUACCAGUGUUGCAAGUUAAGAUCCAGCACCUGGGAGAGAAUGAAGCUGCUGACAGGGGACCGUCUCAGUCAGCUGCUGCGGAAGUCUCUCGCCCACGAUCCCAUCGCGCCCGUCCUGACAGAGGCGCACCUGUCCGCCAUGGACCGCCGACUCCUGACCGCCAUCGACAUGGUGCAGGGGUGUAUAGAUGAGAACGGCAGGGACAAUGUCUUAGUGGACGACUCCAGACAUCACUGACUACUGUAUGCUGGGUUCUAGCUAUUCCUGAUGAGACAUGACUCUGUGUGGAUCAGUCUAUGUUCUUUACAAUCAUCUCUUUAUUGUUGCACUAAUACAAUGUAAUAAUAGGUAGUGAUCCGUGAAAGGCUUAUUCGGGUUGGUAAAUCAGUACAUUCUGAGUUCUUAGCUACAAAACAAAAAGUGUUUUAUCUUCCAGUAACUUUAUUUGGCUUAUUUGGGUUGGUAAGUCAGUACAUUUUGGGUUCGUAGCUAUAAACGAAAGGGGUUUUAUCUUCAGUAACCCCCUUCAGUUGUAUCUUCCUUGGA